GGUAACGUGACGGGAGGUGCCGGACCCGUCGCGAGGCGGAAAAGGAAGGUGCAGCUGUGGUGAGGUUCCCCGCAAGGCUGGUGGGAGGUUCCGGCCCGGGCCGGCGGCAUGAAGGGAAGAGCCGCAGAUUGCUGGAGGUCAGAUCUGUGCGGCAACAUGGACUCGUCGGAGGAGACUGGGGGCUCCUCCACAGAAGAGAACUACUUUGUGAACUACACCUUCACUGACCGUUCUCACUCAGGCCGCGUAGCUCAGGGUAUUAUGAAGCUCUGCCUGGAGGAUGAGCUCUUUGCUGAUGUUACCAUCUCAGUGGAAGGCAAAGAAUUCCAGCUGCACCGGCUAGUCCUCUCAGCUCAGAGCUGCUUCUUUCGUUCCAUGUUCACUUCCAACCUUAAGGAGGCCCACAACCGGGUGAUUGAGCUGCAAGAUGUUAGCGAGAGUGUUUUCCAACUCCUGGUGGACUAUAUUUACCAUGGGACUGUAAAGCUGAGGGCAGAAGAGUUGCAGGAAACAUAUGAGGUGGCAGAUAUGUACCAGCUGACUGCCCUUUUUGAGGAGUGCUCCCGUUUCUUGGCCCGCACGGUGCAGGUGAGGAACUGUCUUCAGGUUAUGUGGCUGGCAGAUCAACACAGUGACAUGGAGCUCUACACGGCUGCAAAGCACUGUGCCAAGUCACACUUGUCACAGCUUCAGGACACAGAGGAGUUCCUGCACCUACCUCUCCGCCUGCUGACAGACAUCCUUACAGAUGGUGUUCCAUGUUCACAGAAUCCAACGGUUGCCAUAGAAACCUGGAUCAACUUCAACAAAGAGGAACGGGCAGGCUUCUCGGAGGUGCUGCGAUCCAGUCUGAAGGAGAUUGGGGAGAACGUUCACAUCUACCUUAUCGGGAAGGAGUCAUCACGUACGCACUCACUAGCUGUCUCUCUGCAUUGUGCUGAUGAUGACUCAAUCAGUGUGAGUGGCCAGAAUAGCCUGUGCCAUCAAAUCACUGCAGCUUGCAAGCAUGGCAGUGACCUGUAUGUCGUAGGGGGCUCCAUUCCACGGCGCAUGUGGAAAUGUAACAAUGCCACAGUAGACUGGGAAUGGUGUGCUCCUCUGCCCCGUGACCGGCUCCAACACACCCUUGUCUCUGUGCCCAGCAAGGAUGCUAUAUAUUCACUGGGGGGCAAGACAUUGCAGGACACUCUCUCCAAUGCUGUCAUAUACUACAGGGUGCGAGACAAUGUGUGGACAGAGACCAGCCAGCUAGAAGUAGCUGUCUCUGGAGCUGCAGGUGCCAACCUCAAUGGUAUCAUUUACCUGCUGGGUGGGGAGGAGAAUGAUCUAGACUUCUUCACUAAGCCCUCCCGGCUCAUUCAGUGCUACGACACCAAUACAGAAAAGUGCCAUGUGAAGCCUUAUGUAUUGCCUUUUGCAGGGCACAUGCAUGCUGCUGUGCAUAAAGACCUAGUGUUCAUUGUGGCUGAGGGGGACUCACUGCUAUGCUAUAAUCCCCUCCUGGAUAGCUUCACCCGACUCUGCCUGCCAGAUGCCUGGAGCUCAGUACCAUCCCUCUGGAAAAUUGCCAGUUGUAAUGGCAGCAUCUAUGUCUUUCGGGAUCGUUACAAAAAGGGAGAUGCCAACACCUUCAAACUUAACCCAGCCACCUCUGUGGUGACUGUCACCAGUGGCAUCAAGGUGCUGCUUACUAACCUGCAGUUUGUGCUGGCUUGAGGUGACAAGACAUGGACAUUCUGUAAAGCAGCUUAGAGGCAUCCAGUUUCCUUAUCACUUGCCCCAGCAAGACCAGCUCACACCACCAUAGAGUGCCCCCUCCUCGUUAGCCCUGCUUGCAGGCAGUAUGAGCCUCCUGGAUGUGAGGCUGUUUUCCCUUUCACUACAGUCUCCAAGUUGACUUACAGCAUCUUAAAUCCCAGAUGGACUAAAUAGUGUUACUAUGAUCCUGUGAUGUGAAGCUGUUUCAAGCUCAAAUUGCAGCAACUAGACUUCUUAGGCCAAGAACUAUCGAGCACCAGCAAGCCCUAGCAUGAGCAGAUAAACCCCUUUUUGUCACAGCCUUUUAGUGUAAUAGCCCAGGAGGCUGCAUGUGCUGCUGCCAUCACUAGUCACAGGGAAUGGCCGCUCUGUACACUCCUUCAAAAAGCUCUAUGCAGUUUGAUAUGGGGCUCUAAUAUGGCUGUGCCUUACUAAGGCUACAGGAUUGGCUUCAGGCCAGAGGCACUGACUAAAGUGGACUCUACUGUAGACUGAUUUCAGAGGUGGGUCCAAGGCCCUGACUUGGUUGUGCUCUGCCCUAACCUAGGGGAGAUGGAUGUGAAGCAGAGGCCAGGGAUGGGCUUGCUGCUACUUUGCCACCCAGCACAAAGAGGAAAACUAUCCUUACAAUACUAUUGUGCCAAUGCUGGUUUCUAGCCCCAGUACUGAGGCUCCCAUCCUGCUGACAUUAUACCACAGAGCUAUAUGAUAGUUAAAGAUGAAACAACUUCAUUUUCUCACACCCUUCCCUACUGGCACUGUAGCCCUUUAGAUGAGAGCCUGAAUAAAAGUGUCUGGUGGGACAAAGAUAUGGUUUCUUUUAUGCGGAUGGUAUUAACGUGAGCAGAGUUCAAGACAACUCUCUGUCCCCUGCAAUAAUGGCACUUGUGGGAGGGGUGGAAGAUCAAACCCUUACAGGUGCUCUGACGUGUGUGGGGGAGAAAGCAGAAACAGCUAUCUGGUUUUCAACCGGAACAUCUGGUCGAAAAGGGACCCUCCCCAGCCUGUUGAAAAUGAGCGAGUGAGGGUUGGAGGGCAGGGCAGAAUAUGGACUGAGCAGGGCGGGGCCUGGAUGAAGCAGUAGGGCAAGGGUGUUCAACUUUGUUCAGUUAGAAAGUUGGCAACCCUAGGGUCAGGUAUUGUAUGGGUAAGGACAUGACGCCAGAAGCUGUUAAGAAAAAAAACAAGCUCCCCAUUGCUGUUAUGUGUCUGAAAAGUUCUUUAUUGGUUGUGCAGCAGUCUGUUCCUUAUUAGUUCACGAGGAACUUGUUCUUGUUGUGGGGAGCAGGUGGAUGGUUUCUGGUAGCUCUUGCUGACUCUCUGCAGCUGCCUCAGCAAUCACAUUCCUGUGAAAUCUUUCCAGGACCUGGACCUGCCUGGGGCGAACAAGGAUGUGGGGACGGAUCCUGGCAAUAGCUUCUAUUGCUUCCUGAGGGCUCCACUGGUACAGCUGGAAAGGCAGAAAUCCUGAAUGAAAAUUCAUCCUGUCUAAAGAUGGGUCAACACAGGCAUUUGGAGGGCCUAGCUUUCUUCCAGAGCCUAGUUUAGGUGGUCAAGGAAAGUGGCUCACUUUACCCCUCCUUGUACUGAAUAUCAUCUGGUUGCCUACCUCAGAGAGACAUCCCAGCUCUCAAUAGGAGCUCCUGAGAGGAUACUCCCUCAACUAGAGGGGUGCAAAUGACUAUCUUAGGCGCUGGGUGCCCAGCUCUGAAGGCAACACAGAAGUAAGGGUGGCAAUUCCAUAACCCCCCCACAAACAACUCCCUUUUGGGUCAGGACCCCCACUUUGAGAAAUGCUCUGUCCCCCAUGAAAUCUGUAUAGUAUAAGGUAAAAGCAUACAACUGACCAGAUUUCACAGUCCAUGAUGUGUUUUUCAUGGCUGUGAAUUUGGUAGGGCCUAUCCAUGUCAUCAAAUUCACAUUCUUUUGUGGACAGCUUCUCCUGCCCUGAUCAUAACAGAGCCCCUGGACAGACACAAAAAGAAAAGGAGUACUUAUGGCACCUUAGAGACCACCAAAUUUAUUAGAGCAUAAGCUUUAAUUUGUUAGUCUCUAAAGGUGCCACAAGUACUCCUUUUUUCUUUUUGCGAAUACAGACUAACACGGCUGCUACUCUGAAACCUGUCAUUAUGCAAUGGACAGACACAGCAGCUUUACUUUACUUGAUAUGCUUUCCUAAUACAGGUGAAAGACUUUACUUGUGCUUCCCUCUGCUGCUCAAGCAAACACUAAUGAAUGCAGUACUAAGGGAUUCCUGCACAAAUGUAGAAAUGCCAAAGAGUUUCACAGCUACACAUAUUUUCAGUUUUUGCUGUUCUGAAUCUGCCUCAGUUUGUGGGAACUUCAACUUUAUUCUGUCUUGAGUUUGUUCUUACCCGUAAUGCUGCAUUUUAUUUUGCAUUUAAAGAAAGUUAAACUGUGCAAUUACUAGUUAGACUAAGCUUCCCAUCAGCCGGAGCCCUGCAAGGUCUCUUUCUUGCCCCGAGAGCUCCACUUUCUUCAACAGGCUAGCUGCUCAGUCACAAUGAGUCACUCUUCAUUGUCCAUGGUAGGGGCUAAGGGAAGCAGAGCCAGUCAGGAUUUAUUACAGCAAGGAGUA